GAACCACACUGAUUCCUCUGAACUCUCUUUUGCACCGCAAACAGCUUCACUUCACACUCUACUCCCAAAAUGGCGGCUGCUACGACGUCGUAUUCUUCCGCAAUCGCCGCCUCGUCCGAUACCCUAGCCAAACCUGCUUCCACCAGAACAUUCUCCGCCACCAACCUCGCCCUUCAAUCGUCGUCUUCCAAGCUCGGUUUCAAAUCCCUAAAGCUUCACCGAUGCGCCGCCGCCGCCGGCUCCGCCCUCGGCGCGCGGAUGGUGUCGGCGCCGGCGGUCAAGGCCCCCGCACUGCUCGAUUUCGACACGAAGGUUUUCAAGAAGGAGAAGAUUAACCUCGCUGGACACGAUGAGUACAUCGUAAAAGGAGGCAGGGAUUUGUUUCACUUGUUGCCCGAUGCUUUCAAGGGUAUCAAGCAGAUUGGUGUUAUCGGUUGGGGAUCUCAGGGACCUGCUCAGGCUCAGAAUCUACGGGACUCUCUUGCUGAAGCAAAGUCUGAUAUUGUGGUCAAGAUUGGACUCAGGAAAGGUUCUCGUUCCUUUGCCGAAGCUCGGGCAGCUGGGUUUUCUGAGGAGAAUGGGACUCUAGGUGACAUAUGGGAAACUGUCUCGGGCAGUGAUCUUGUGAUGCUGUUAAUUUCUGAUUCCGCGCAGGCUGAUAACUAUGAGAAGAUAUUGUCUCACAUGAAGCCAAACAGCAUACUUGGGCUUUCCCAUGGUUUUCUUCUUGGGCAUUUACAGUCAUUGGGACUUGACUUUCCUAAGAACAUUAGUGUAAUUGCUGUGUGCCCAAAGGGAAUGGGUCCAUCUGUAAGGAGGCUCUAUGUCCAAGGCAAAGAGAUAAAUGGUGCUGGAAUUAAUGCAAGUUUUGCAGUCCACCAGGAUGUAGAUGGCAGGGCUACUGAUGUUGCUUUGGGAUGGUCCGUUGCCCUUGGUUCUCCAUUCACUUUUGCCACUACAUUAGAGCAGGAGUACAGGAGUGAUAUCUUUGGGGAGAGAGGAAUUUUACUUGGUGCUGUUCAUGGAGUUGUGGAAUCCUUGUUUAGGAGAUACACUGAUAAUGGAAUGAACGAAGAUCUGGCCUAUAAGAAUACUGUUGAGUCUAUAACAGGGAUUAUAUCUAAAACCAUCUCAACUAAGGGCAUGCUAGCUGUAUACAAUGCUUUAUCUGAAGAUGAGAAAAGGGAAUUUGAGAAGGCUUAUAGUGCUUCUUAUUAUCCUUGCAUGGAAAUUCUGUAUGAGUGCUAUGAGGAUGUAGCCAGUGGUAGUGAGAUUCGCAGUGUUGUUCUGGCUGGGCGUCGCUUUUAUGAGAAAGAGGGUCUACCUGCUUUUCCCAUGGGUAACAUUGAUCAAACCCGCAUGUGGAAGGUUGGUGAGCGUGUCCGAUCUACAAGAGCAGCCGGUGAUCAAGGCCCAUUAUAUCCUUUCACUGCUGGUGUCUUUGUGGCAUUGAUGAUGGCCCAGAUUGAGAUCCUGAGGAAGAAAGGGCAUUCCUACUCGGAAAUCAUUAAUGAGAGUGUCAUCGAGGCAGUUGACUCUUUGAAUCCUUUCAUGCAUGCUCGUGGUGUUUCUUUCAUGGUUGAUAACUGUUCGACCACAGCUAGGUUGGGUUCGAGGAAAUGGGCUCCACGAUUUGACUACAUCCUAACCCAGCAGGCCAUGGUGGCUGUGGACAAUGGAACUCCUGUUAACAGGGACUUAAUCAGCAACUUCCUGUCAGACCCAGUGCACGGAGCCAUUAAAGUUUGCGCUGAACUGAGACCCACAGUAGACAUUUCUGUGCCACCAGAUGCAGACUUUGUUCGUCCGGAGUUGCGUUCUAGCAAUUAGAACUUAAAAGCAAUUAUGGCUUUCACUUCGAAUCUUUUUCAGAUUUCUCAGAACUGCAGUUAUCUUGUUAGUUUGGGUUUUCAUGAUUGGAUGCUAGUGUGUAAGUUGUAUUGUCAUUUUACAGUUUGUACCCGCCUGUGUUCUGCCACUGAGGAACGUUACUUGGUGUCCUAUUUAAAUGAGUCACGCUAGUACUUACCAUUAGAGGCUGAGAAGGAUUAAGGAUUUUACGAUCUUAAUUUCACGUUUCUAACAGUUCCUUGCAAGCCUUCCGUCAGUUUUAGCCCCGGAACCAUCUUAGUGAUCACGGUAACUCGAUCUGGUCAUAGACGGUCGAAUUGAACAUGCAUAUAGUGAAGAAAAUGUUAAUGCGUUGAGUAUUCCUAU